CUACCUUUUUAAAGAACGAACUGCAUUGCCUUUCGGGAUUUCGACCAGAAGAAAAGUCGAUUUCGUCUCUCAUCGGGCGAGAUCUGUUCUUUCCUAUUUCAACGUCUGAGUAGGUCGGACGUGUUCACGUUAAAUAAUGUCUCAUCGUAAGUUCUCUGCGCCUCGCCAUGGCUCCAUGGCAUUCUACCCUAAGAAGAGGUCCCGCCGCCAUCGUGGUAAGGUGAAGGCUUUCCCCAAGGACGACCCCACCAAGCCAGUCCAUCUAACAUGCUUCGUCGGCUACAAGGCGGGCAUGACCCAUAUCGUUCGUGAAGCUGAUCGACCGGGUUCAAAGAUCAACAAGAAGGAAGUCGUUGAGGCCGUGACCAUCCUGGAAACCCCACCAAUGAUUGUUGUGGGUGCCGUCGGCUACAUCGAGACUCCAUUCGGCAUGCGCGCCCUCGUCAAUGUCUGGGCUCAGCAUUUGUCCGAAGAAUGCCGUCGUCGCUUCUACAAGAACUGGUACAAGAGCAAGAAGAAGGCUUUCACCAAGUCGUCCAAGCGAUGGGCCGAAGAUUUCGGCAAGAAGAGCAUCGAGAAUGACUUCAAGAAGAUGAUCCGGUACUGCAAGUCAAUCCGUGUCAUUGCCCAUUCCCAGAUUCGCUUGAUCAAGCAACGCCAGAAGCGUGCUCACAUCAUGGAAAUCCAAUUGAACGGAGGCUCUAUCGAGGACAAAGUCAAAUGGGUCAAGGAGCACCUUGAGAAGCCAAUUCCAGUCAGCCAAGUCUUCGCCCAAGAUGAAAUGAUCGAUUGCGUCGGUGUAACCAAGGGUAAAGGUUUCAAGGGUGUGACCAGCCGUUGGCAUACCAAGAAAUUGCCCCGCAAGACCCACAAGGGUCUGCGCAAGGUCGCUUGUAUUGGAGCCUGGCAUCCAAGUCGUGUCUCGUUCACGGUCGCUCGUGCCGGUCAAAAGGGCUACCAUCAUCGUACCGAAAUCAACAAGAAGAUCUACCGCAUCGGAGCUGGAAUCCACACCGAAAACGGCAAGAUCAUCAAGAACAACGCCUCCACCGAGUACGAUCUCACUGACAAGUCCAUCACUCCCAUGGGUGGUUUCCCCCACUACGGUGAAGUCAACAACGACUUCGUCAUGCUUAAGGGAUGCUGCAUUGGAUCCAAGAAGCGUGUCAUCACCCUUCGUAAAUCCCUUCUUGUACACACCAAGCGCUCUGCUUUGGAGAAGAUCAACCUGAAAUUCAUCGAUACAUCGUCCAAGAUGGGUCACGGUCGCUUCCAAACUGCCGCCGACAAGAUGGCAUUCAUGGGACCACUCAAGAAGGAUCGUAUCAAGGAGGAGCAAGCCCAAGCUGCAGCCGCUGCUGCUACGGCCACAAAGGCUUCGGCGUAAACGCUGCUCAGUUGGGAUUGAUCAAAGAUUUUGUAUUUUACCAAACUCCUGUUUUAUUGUUUUAAUAAAAUUGGACUAAAAGAGGGAA